AAAAGUCUUGCCAGGAAAUGUGGUCUGGGCCUAUUAUUUGGCCCAUGAAACAAAUUCUCAUCUGAUCUGUUUUCUCUUCGGGAAACAGUCGAUCAGUUCGAGCUUGAAGCAACAGCCAAAAGGAGUGAGAAGAAGAAGAAAGAUGAAUACGGACAUCACAGCGUCGGCAAAGCCGGAGUACCCAGUCAUAGAUCGAAACCCUCCUUUCACUAAAACCGUCGCCAAUUUCAACACUCUCGAUUACCUCCGCCUCACCACCAUCGCCGGCGUUUCCGUCACCGUCGGCUACCUCUCCGGAAUUAAGCCGAACAUUAGGGGUCCUUCGAUGGUGACUGGCGGUUUGAUUGGUGUACUGGGAGGAUUCAUGUACGCUUACCAGAAUUCUUGUGGGAGGCUCAUGGGUUUCUUCCCCAACGAGGGAGAGGUAGCUCGGUACAAGAAGUAGCAAACGGCUAGGGUUUUUAAGGUUUACAUCCUCUUGGAAAACAAAGAUGACAAUCAGUAUGAAUAAGCAGAUUGUCUGUUCAGUUGGCCAUUUCUGUUGCCAAUUGUGCAAUGUAUCCUAUGGAAAUGUUGGUUGACUUUUGUGGUAUUCUUGGCCCUUCUGUUUUAUUUUGCUACUUGAGUUUCUGUUUAUUCUCAGUAAGUGUUACUUCCAUUCUGUAA